UUUAUAGGCGGCGACAGGAAGUACCAGAGUUGAAUUUCCCAUUGACAACUUUGUCCUAUGCGUGAAAUUCCUGAAGUUUGUGUCUCCAUUGUUUGUUUGUAAGGACCAAGAAAGAGUGGAUAUUUUGCAUAGUAAUGAUAGCCGGGAAAAAACAAGCGCCGCAAGGACACCGUGUAAGUGCAGGCUGAGACAAGUGAGACCCGAACGGCUCAUCCUUUUCGCUUCUUUUGCCUGGUUGAGGCAAAGGCAGAGGGAGUGAAACUCCUGAUGUAAAGGAAGGGAAGGUACGGGGGAAGAUAACUAGGAGGAGUUGAGGACGGAGCGGAGCUAACUAGCUGUUAUGUGGCAAAACUCUCAACUACUUCUCCGAGAGCGAGAGCAGAAGAGUUGUGUUUUUAUUUGAGAGAAAGUGCCCUGUAGAAGAUGGAGGGAGAGAAGGAGCAACAGCGGGAAGAGAAAGAGAGUAACGAGGCAGAAGACGACAGGAGGAGUGAUGAAGAGGCUGACAACGACGAGGAGGAAGAUGAAGAUUCGGAGGGCGCGGCGCUGAUAUGGCAGGAGGGCUACGGCGAGGACAGUCUGGGCCUUCCCAUCAUGCACUGGGAGGCGCUAAGCCUGCGCAUCGCCGAGCUGGAGAAGCAGGAAGAGGAGAAUAAGGAGAAGAGGGCAAAGAGCGGAGUAUCUCUGGAGCGAGGCAGAGCUCCAGUGUGCUGGGCGGAGGACCGAGGAAGGAGAGCCGAGAGCUGGGAGGAUGGAGACGAUGCCUGCAACAGCCACGUUCUGGCACUCACCUCCCGCCUACAAACCCAGAUGAAUCUUCAGCUCUGCUUCAUCAACGACAGUGAAAGUGAAGAGGAGGACGAGAAGCAGGGAGAGACCAGUCAGAAGGAAAGCAGCACCACACGGAGAGGGAGCGUUGAGGCCCAUAAGAACCCUCCGCCUGCUGCCAAGCCGGAGAAACCCAAAUCAAGAGGCUUCCGGAACACUCUGAGGAACCUCAGAGACCGGCUGAGAACAGACCACAAAACACUGGCUGCAGCUCGUAGUAAUCCUGUAGUCCAGAGACGACACGUGGAGCGCAGUGAUUUACAAAACUUCAGCAUUAAGGACCUUAAAGCUCUCUGCACGUCUCUCAGCCAGACCAUCCAAGACCUGAGCUCAGACCUGGUGGGCCGCCUGCAGGUGCGAGACCAACUGAGGACGGAGCAGGACGCCAUGCUGCUGGAGGUUCAGGACCUGACAUCGCUGUGAGUCUGAAGUUCAGCCAUCGAGCCUGCGGCUCUGUCCCACAAAACAUUUGAACAAGUGUCAAGUCUGUGAACAUUGUCGUAAGUCAGACGGUGCCACAGUGGCCUCCACAAACAUCUCAGUCAGUCCUUCCUGCAGUUAGGGCUGAACAGCCAAUCACUGUGAAGACUGUCCCUCCCUGGAAAGGACCAUGACAUUCAUGUGCAUAGUAUUUUUCAAUGUUAUUGUCUAUGUUGUGUAUUUAUAAGGGAAAUUUUGGGACAGUGUCCACCAGCAGGGGUGUAAAACUCGACAGGAUGUUGGAGCCACACAGUACGGGCAACAACUGAAACUGAUUUGGACACAACACAGAGGCAGUGGAUGUUGGCCUUAAAGGAACACUGUAGGGUUUCCCCUAUUUUUAUUGCAGGCUUGGGGGCCCACCUGGCCAACGUUGCCUCCCCAGACCAGGCCUAAACCACUGGGAAUAAUUUUGUAAUCUAUUUUAAAGACCUUUUUUGAACUUGUUAAAGUAGGGCAGCUCGGUUGGAAAAUCUCCAGUAAACUUUAGUGCGUAACUUUUUGAUAUUAAUAAACUUCCGUUACAUUAAAGCCAUUGCCAAAUGAGUUGCUACAAAGGUAACUAACACUAUCAGCUCCACACAACUCUUUCAGUAUUUCUCAGUACGGCUAUGUUCAGAAGAUUUUUGUCCGGCGACUUUCUCGCGCAGAAACUUGAGUGAAGAUACCUCUUCUGAAGAGUCCAUCACGUUUAUUUAAUCCUCCGUGUACUCCUUUGUUACUAGCAACUGCGUGGAGGGUGGGGGGGAGAGGGCACGGGCACAAUCUCAAGAGACUUGCGUCAUGUGGAUGCAAAAGACAGUGUUGUCAGUACUUAGAAUUCUUUAUUGGGGAGACAGAAACUACGCACUGUAGCUUUUAGCACUGACCUAAUGCAGGGCCCUGUGGUAUCUGUCUUUUAGUUUUUUUGAAAUUCUUAAUUCCGCAAUUCUUUCCAUGAUUCUGUUAUCACAGAAACUGUUGGGCUCUACAUUAAUGCUGCCAUCAGUCUGUGACUGGCCCCUGGCCAAACACACUUGCCAUCAGGCUUAACACCUUUUCUGGUGGAAACCCUGCAUGCUGCCAUCUUUUGGGGAAAUACGCUUGUUUUUCUACUUGCUCUGAGUCAGACGAGAGGAUGAGUACCCAUUUAAUCUCCUGCGUGUCCACAGCAGUUUAAGGUCUGGGUGUCAGAAUAAUUUCAUUAUCAAGAAUACACAGAGACCACUGAAGUUAUAUCAAAGUUCAUUUUUACUUGUAAACACGAGACAGUUUCCACACUACAGAACAGUACACAAAAUACCUAACUGGAAGCUCUCUACAGCCGCUUAUUUAUACAAAGUGGAUGUUAAUACAAAGUCAUAACAAAGUCAAUGUUAGUUUAUCUCAUUGGGUCUGAGAAUCUCCUCUGCCGGUUCUGCCCCCAGAAACAUCCGAUGCCUUUCACAAGGACAGACGAUGGCUCAAUGGUAAUCUUGUUUAGAGUGAUCAGUAUAAUAUGGUAUUAUUAAGCAAACAGUUUUAAUAAUAAUCAGGGAACAAGUAUGUAUCAUCAUUUUUCUAACACUCAGUCAUGUUAAAUUCAGCUUUGCAGCAAGACCGGAUGACAUACAGUGUUUAGAUACCACCUUGACACACCAUCCUAAAAGCCGUUACACGCUGGGUCCAAAACUCUAAUG